AUGGCCAGCCAGGCUCUUCCCGAGCGGCCUCUAGCUCGGGCAGAGCGCAAGGGGAAGCCGAGUCAGCUCCACCCGGGCGCUGCUCCGGGGCCAGCCAGAAUGGCCGCGGCUGCCUGCGGCUCCCCUUCCAGCCAGCCGCCCAAGGAGCAGCCGGAGCACCCGCCGGCGCUGCCGCUUCCCCCGGCCCCUGCCGCUGCGAGGAAGCGGGGAGGGGACUCGCGGCGAAGGCAGGCCGCCCUCUUCUUCCUCAACAACAUCUCCCUGGACGGGCGGGCGCCCUGCCUGGCCUCGGAGAAGCCGCCGCCGCCGCAGCCCUCGCAGCCGCCGUCCUCCGCCUCGGCCCCCGCUGAGCAGCCGGACGAGGAUGCCGCUGCCGAGCCCGGCCCCCGCCUUCUGCUGGCCCCCAACGGGCCCCCGCCGCAGGGGCUGCUGCUGCCCGCCGAGCUGGACCCUGCGCGGGGACUGGCCGCCGCCGCCGCCCUCCUGCCCCAGUUGCUGCUGGGCAGCCCCGCCACGCCCGCCGCCGCCUCUGCAGCCGCGCCCGCCGCCCUGGCAGGGGUCCUGGGGGGCACCCCCAAGCCGGGCAUCGCGCCCCCGGGGCUGCUGAGCCCCACCCAGAGCGUCGCGGCCGGAGGAGCCUUCCCUUUGGAGGUCCAGAGGCAGAGAACCAAGCACAUAUCUGGCUCGCCAAGACACAAAGGCUUGAAGAAGGUACACUUCAUCAAGAAUAUGAGGCAGUAUGAUACAAAGAACAGCAGGAUAGUAUUAAUUUGUGCUAAGCGAACUCUGUGCGUGGCUUUUUCCAUCCUGCCUUAUGGGGAGAGUUUGCGUAUCAGUGAACUGAAAAUAGAAGGACAGAAGCAGAGACACCCGUCUGGUGGCGUCUCAGUGUCUUCCGAAAUGGUACUAGGAAUGGAAGGCGUCGAGGUGGGAGCAGAUGGCAAGGUUGUGUCCUAUGCAAAGUUCUUGUAUCCAACCAAUGCUCUUGUUGGCCGCAAAACCGACAUCCAUAGUGCCAUUCCGUUGUGUCGAGCUGGCAUUCCGCGGAGUGCUGGCGGGUCAAGGUACAAGACGACUGCCAAAACGAUAUCCUCGGCAACAGAUAUGGGAAACGAACUCGGCGAGUUAAUGGAGUACAAUCCCAACCUCCUUGAUGACCCCCAGUGGCCAUGUGGGAAGCACAAGCGGGUCCUCAUCUUUGCCUCGUACAUGACUACAGUCAUAGAAUAUGUGAAACCCUCAGACCUUAAAAAGGACAUGAAUGAAACAUUUAAAGAGAAAUUUCCUCACAUCAAGCUGACGCUGAGCAAAAUCAGAAGUUUAAAGCGAGAGAUGCGGAACCUGAGUAUGGAAUGCAACCUGGAGCCGGUCACCGUCUCCAUGGCUUACGUCUACUUCGAGAAGCUUGUUCUCCAAGGCAAGCUCAAUAAACAGAACCGAAAACUGUGUGCUGGUGCUUGUGUUCUCCUUGCAGCCAAGAUUAGCAGUGAUCUCAGGAAACAUGAAGUCAAACACCUUAUUGAUAAGUUGGAAGAGAGGUUCAGAUUCAACAGACGAGAGCUCAUCGGAUUUGAAUUUACGGUACUUGUUGCUUUGGAACUUGCCCUCUAUCUUCCCGAAAACCAAGUGUUACCUCACUUUAGGCGCCUCACACAGCAAUCCUAGCAAAAGCUACGUCCUGGCCAAGUGCUUGUGUUGGCUGCUGACUUUUGGUGUUGGCUACUGGUCUUCUGUGCCAUAGUAUCAGACAAAGUUGUGAAUAUAACAGGUGUGAAGGCUACAGCAGGAUGUUUGUGGAGCUACCCGGAAACAGGUGGGCCGUUACGACGUGUGAGAAGUAGCCAAAAAGAGACAUUGAGCUUUGGACAUUAAAGCACAGACAAUUCUCAUCCAGUUGUGCCAGAGCUGCUGGUCAUACCAUAUAGACUUUUUCAGGUUUUUAAUUAGUUCUUCCUGCCAAGCAUUGAUUGCUCAGUUGCAUUUUUUCCCCUUGAAAACUUUUGUCAUUCGUUUCUUCCAUGGACUUAAAGGAUAAAUUCAUUUCCAUUCCAAAACAUCAUAUAUUUUAAAUAGUAUUACUGAGAACCCUUGUACGUUUUAAAUCAUGAAAACUUGUACUGCUUUGGUAGGGGGUAGGAAAAGACGUGCCUGGGGCUGGGCUGGGCUGGGCUGGGCUGGGACCAGUCUUGUAUGUGUAUUUUUUUAAAACAAAUGUUGCAUCAUUUAGUGGAGAACUCUGAAAUAGAGAUUUAUCAUUUGCCUUGCUUUACUAUGCCCAAUAAGGGAAAACAAUUCCAGUGGGUCCACACUAUCACUUCCAGAGGGGAUAUAUAUUCUAGAAUAAUGUUUGUUUUGCUUGGAUCAUGAAUAAGGGUUCAGGGUUUGUUUUUUUUAAUUGAAACCUCUUUGUCAAAUGUUGCACUUGUUGAGCAAGUCAGCUAUAACAAAGCAAUUCCCAUAUUAAACUUGUCUUUUGGUGAGAAGCUGAAUGUGGCGGAUUUAAAGUAAUAAUCUGAUUUUCUUUUGUUGCUGAUAUCUUUUGUUGUUGCUCACUGUGUCCUGAAAUGAACUGUUUUAUUUAUAACAACGUAUUCCACGUAUUGUCUUUCCUGAGCGUGCUUGACGCAAGUGUUUCAGCCGGUACAGCUGUUGUUAUCUAAAUUAAGCCAAUGAAACUGAGCAUGUCUGACUUUUAAAAAAAAUGCUCUUUUUUUUUAAACUUGGACUUCCAAGCUUUUUGCCACUGUGAUGAUCCACAUGAACCUAACCUUCAUUGUACUUCCAAACCACCUUAUUCUAAGAGGUUAAUGUCUAGCACAGUAAUAUUUAUACGGAGGAUAUAGCUUUUGUCACCUUUAGCCAGAUGUAUUGGCUUAAGCAUCCAGAUGUUAAGAAGAUGCACUUUCAUUUCCUGAAUCUAUAGCAGAUGAAUUGGUGGGCGUGGGAUUUCUUUUCUAAGCAAUAUUGUGAUACAAGUCAAUGUGUUUUUUGCGUGUGGGUGUAUAUGUAUCUAUCAUUUGCCAGGGAACAAAAUUACUAGUUGAGUGUUGUGAUUGAGAUUUUCAAACUCUUUAUUAUUAUUUUUUUACUGUGAGUUUGGCAAAUUCUAUAUAUUAUGUUGAAGAUAGAAGUCUGGACUGUGAUUCUGGAGGAACAAGAGUCAUAUUUUUGAAUGCUUCAUCCCAGGUGUAGUAAACCCAGGUGUUAGAUAAAUGCUCUUCCUGGAUCUGCUUAUUUUAAUACAUUCAAGAAGUCCCAUAGGGAAGCACUCAAGAAUAUGAUCCAUGCCCUGCAGUCUAUUCAGAAUUCUGGCACCAUAUUCUGAGUAAUGUAUAGAUUGGUGCUUAGAAGCCUUGCCUCUUGUCAAAAUUAGGAGGGCAUUAUGUCUUCUAACAUACCAUAAAUUCCAACCUGGAAUGGAGGGGAGGGGGGAAAUCGCAAAGAGGAGCUGGAAGAAUUUAAAAGGAAGAAGGAACAUGCAGACAAAAACCUAUUCAUGCAUUAUUCCAGAUGGAAAUCUUAACUGUGGGAAUCUCUUGAAUUUUAGUUAUCCAUCUCUCUGGCCACCUAUGCAUAAAAAUAUAAAACUAUUCCAAUAGACUUUUAGAGAUCUGGCCAGUUUAACAUCAUUGAAAUGGCUACAAUUAUUGUUAAAAAUGGCUCUCUAAUCAGGGCUUGAAUCUAGUGCAUGUAAUACCCCUCAAAUAAAAAUUACUACACUUUCUAGGUCAUUUUAAUACAUAGAUAUUUGUAUCUUAACUGCUAUUGCCGUUCCUCAUUUGAGAUGUGAUUGCUUAUUUCUGAGCAGGUUUUUACGAUGCAAACUAAUAUCCCAAUUUCUACCCAAAGCAAGUUUGGACAUUGUUUCAUGGGGAAUUGAAAUAUUUCACUUCCCAUAUGAACUUCUAAACAUAUAGAAAGUGUGGAUUUUUUCAUCUAUCUGCCAAGUUUCUAAACAAUAGAAAUACAAUUGACUAUUGUAUUACUACACUGUUGCCAACUUAAAUAUCUUCUGGCUAAGGUAGAUAUCACCUUAAGUUGUUUGAAACAGGUGUUUAAAACAGGUAUUUCCAAAUGGACUUUUGUUCCAUUUGAGCUGGUAGAAGCUAUAAGAACAUACAUAGAAUAUGUAUUUGGAAAACUGUAAAGCUUCUAGGAUGGAGGGGCACUCAGAUUAAACUAUUCAAGCUGUGGGACAAACAGGCAAAAUUUGGAAUAAUCUUAAAGCUUGCUUUUUCAUCACAACAUUUUCAUCCUUGUUUUGAAAUUUAUACGGGAAAUGAUAUGACUGUAUUCUUUCUAAUGAUUGAAUUGGGUUUAUAAUUCUUAGGGAGAGAGAAGAGAUCAGAUUUAAGUUGAAGAGUCAAUUCCCCAAGCCAGAAUUUGGGCUUCUUUUUCUUAAUUAAUCUCUGUGUGUAUUUCCAAUAUGCACAGUAUGACAAAUGGGCUCAAUGUAUUAGAUUCUUAACAGUCGUGCGGACAGAUCCUGUAUUACAUAACCCAGGAGACCUGAAGAUGAAGAAUGGAGCUUCAAAAUAUCACUUUCAGUUUUGCGACUUGAUGUUGAGUAUCAUCUUCCUGUGAGUUAACCUGUACAGAAAAAAGAUCCGCUGUAAUGGAAGGUGUGGGGUUCGUUUGUAUUCUUUUAUGUUAAGUUUUGGUUUCUCAGUCAACUAAGACUCACAGUUCCUUGAUUGUGCAAAAGCUGCCACUGUGUGGUAAAACUUUAUUAUUACAACCAAAAGUAGAUGUAAUUUCCCAGAUUGUUUUCUUCAGAGACAGAUGUUGGUCUCUUAACAGUGCGCGGGUGGUGGCAAGUUGUGUGAACUUGUGUAAAUAAUGGUGCUUGUUUAGUUUCAGCCUCCCCCCCCCCCCAAACCUUCCAGGUAGGAGUCUGUACAUUUUUAAUGUAAAUAGUAUUAUGUCUGUGUUGCUGUAAAUUUAAGUCCUUACUUUGUAUAUUGUCCUAUUCUGUUCUUCCAAUGAAAUGAAUGAAUUUGUUAAGAAGGUGCUGUCUAAUUGAAUGUUUUGAUACAUAUUUUAUAACCACGCUCACCUGAAGGUACUUCAGGUUUGUGUCAUUAAA